AUGACAUCCGAAGGCCACCAUCUAGGACCUGUGCACCAUGGGAAGGAGUGGUACUCGUCUGCAAUGGAGAGCAGUAGAAAAGUCAUAAAGGCAUUUAACGAUAAAGUGAUGCAAUGCGUGGAAGAUAUGUUGAGACCGGAGAGGAAUAGCAGCGGAACCGUAUGUAUAGCCGAGUUUGGGUCUGCUGACGGGGGCGUGUCACUAGAGCUGAUUAACGGUGUAAUAGAUUAUAUCAACCAAAGUUCAAAAGAUCCAAGAGAAAUCCUUCUGGUUUACGAAGAUCAAUUAUUGAACGAUUACAAUGUUCUGUUCAAAACGAUUCAUGGCACUUCUACGAACGCAUCUACCAAGCUAUCCACGAGAGAAAAUGUUCACCUUUUGGCCAGCGCGACCUCAAUGUACCGCCAGUGUCUACCCAGCGGUUUCGUUGAUAUUUCGUUUUCGUCAAUGGCAAACCAGUGGCUCAGUAAAAAACCCUGUCAUAUCCGUGGUGGGAUAUUCCAGACUGACUGUAGCCCUGAAGAACUAGAAGCCUUUCAACACCAAUGGCAGACUGACUGGAAACUGUUUCUGUCGUGUCGAGCUCGGGAACUCCGACCAGGGGGAUUCUUGGUUGUGAUUUCCUUCGUGACAGGAGACAGUGGCCGGGAUAGUGAUAUUGACGAAGAAGACAUACACGAUGUGUUUACAAGCACUUGGAAAGACUUUUUGAAAAGUGGAAAGAUCACCGAGGAGGAAUUUGUCAACAGCUCCAAGAUAACAUAUUCACCCACCGCCAACGAACUUAUAAAGCCAUUCCACACAGACAUGAAAGGUUCACUUACGUUGGUUGAUUGUACCCAGAAAGACGUACAUAUAAUUCCCGGUUUCGCAAACGAGGACGGUAUCAAGGAGAGAGAAAAUUUUGUGAACAGAUCUCUGAAAUGUGCCAGGCCAUGGUUGUACAAUAUCUUGAAGUCAGGGCUGUCCUCAAACAGAACCGAGGCUGAAAAAGGAAAACUACUUGAUGAUUAUUUCCAGAUGCUUAGCAAUAUCCUCAUGCAGAAGACAUCGUUCAGUCCCUUAUACUAUAAAACAGCUUGUGUUGUAGCAAAACGCACACUCUUAUAA